AUGGUCCAGACUAUCGCACGUUUCCUCAAUUUAAAAAACGAAUUCGGCUUUGAGACUUCCUAUGAAAGUGCUAUGGCGGAUCUUCGAGAGCUCGGACUAAAACCGGACGCGACGUUCUUCUCUGUGUUCAUCAAGAGAUCUUGUGAGAGGGGUGAUAUGGAGGAAACAGGUCACUAUCUUAAGGCUAUGCAUCAGGCGGGAGCUGUCCCUAAUGACUAUAUUUUCUCCAAAAUCCUCCAUGGUUAUGUCAAAUGCGGUUUGCCAGAUGAAGUAGCUGUCACUCAAGAUGUCAUGUCGAAGUUGAACUACUGGCCUUCUACGAAGGCUACCGAGGAUCUGUUGCUUGCUUACGCUGAUCUUGGUGACGGGAAUAGUGUCAUUGAGCUAAUUCAGGAAACUCUCAACAAAUCGGAAGACCUUGCGAAUGUUCCUGUCUUCUCACCGCGUUUCCUAGCUGACUUGUAUGUUCGUCUCUCAAUGUCUCAAGCUGAAUCAGACGAAGAAGCCUUCGUGAAGAUUCUUGACCUUCUAAAGAAAAGGCCUCCAAGUUUUGAUGAUUUCCGACUUGGAAAUGCUCUCACUCGUCUUUUGCAAGAAGGUAAAAUUGAGUCGGCCCUCCAAUUACUGAGGAACACUCGUCCGCUUAAUUUUUCCACGUACUUUCUCACUAGGAUUCCUGAAAUCUUGGCUAAGCAGGACUCCAAUGUUUUAAACGACUUUUGGGUUGCCUCUGGUGCUAUCAGUCGACUACCUGAAAUUAUCCGCUAUAUGACUAUGGAGAACAUAUUCCGUACCAUGCGUGCUAAUCCACCUCUUCGAACUGAUACAUACAAUUCUGUUGCAAACAUCGCCGUGAUGAAGGCCGUCAGGUUCAAAGAUAUUGAUUCGGUCGUGGAACUCGGAAAAAUCCUUGGAGUCCACAAACCACAUCUUCUCUACCUUAGUGUUGUUCCUAGACUCCUGAGUCUUGGUUUGAAACCAGAAGAGAUCUUGGCAAAAUUUGAGCCUCCUUUAAGAUCUAGUGCAGCGCUCGGUAUAGUUCUUAGUGAUCUCUGUGCAUUUAAAAGCUUUUAUAAUCCUCCACAAUCUGGCCAUAGCCUGGAAAACGCCAAUAUACUCAUUGAGGAAUAUCAAAAGCAGGGUCUGCUUCCUUUCAGUAAAUACCUUUCUGUCAACAGCAACUUGAUCUUCCUUCUGCUCCGUGGUUUCCGUCAUUAUGCUGAAGGGGGUGGAAAGGAGUUGAAUACUAGCAAAGUUGAUGCCUGGAUGGAUGCCCUCUUCUCUUGUUUUCCUCAUGAACGUCGCCCUCUCUUGGCUGGUGCUUUGCUUCGAUUCUUCGGUCAAAAUCAACAGGAAUUACCUAGUGAAUCUUCAUCAGGUCAAGCUAACUCCGCUAUUGAUAAGACAACGAAUUUGUCUCUUGCCAGGACCGUUGUGCAGUACUUUGAUAAAAAGAAAAUCCCGAUUUCCUAUCUGGAUUUGGUUAAAAAGUCGCUCAAAAAUCUUGGUCUUCCAGAGGAAAAUUUCAAAUGUUUGAUACCCGCGGGGACUAUGUCCAAGCACGCCGUUUUUGUAAGCAAGAUUCAAGCUGGAGCGAUUGAUGAUGUGACUGAAGAACUGAUGCAAAUGCAAAAAUCUAUCUCGCAGGAGACCAGUGCCCUCGGUCCCAUCGAUCAAUUUGAUACUGAUAUACUCGGUGAAGCUUUCGCCGUUUCCACACCCGUUGCAGGAGCCGAAGGGAAGAAGGUGACCCCAGCGCCCCAACAUUUUACACCCCAACAAAUGGAGAAUCUCUUCUGGGCUCUCCUGAGUGUCUCCGGUGUCAAGAGUCCCAAGUUCUCUGCUGCAAAGAUCGGUGAACUCUAUCUCAAUGGGCGUGACUUGGAGGGUCUUGUUAAAUUUAUGAAUAGGAUGGCAGACCAAUGUCCUCAACACUUGUCUGUAAUUCUUUCUCGAUGGUUUAUCAGCAAAAUUGUGGAACUGGACGCUGCAAGAGCUGGCCAAAUUAUGGAAGAAGUUUUGCAAAAACCCAACGUCAGUAUUUCCUCUAUGGUUCUGGGGGCCUAUAACUACGAAUUGUGCCAAGUCGGUUCGGAAAAUGGCGGCGACAUGGCACCUCCCUCUCAUUUGGGCAUCAAGCUCCUCCCUGCACGUCUUGAAACCUUCAACCACCUACGCAAAGUUAGAAGUGUCCAUAGUGCUGUUGAAGACCUGUGUCUAAACAAUCAUAUCUUCGCUGCAUAUGCACUUCGUAACUGGGCCUGGCAAAUUGGUCUUACUCUUCUUCCACAAACUACAGAAACUCUCCUCGCCUCUCAUGUUUUAAUGAACGCCGUUCCCCGCAUUCCAAUCGACCUUUUAGCCCCAGAACGCUUGGUGAUUCGUGGGGGUGUCAGUCUAGCCGGCUUGAUUCCACGAAUUCGUGAUGCUAUCACUAUGGUCAAUUCCAACCAGACUGUGGACGAAGCUACCAUGCUUGCAGCAGUCAACGAUGUCACAAAGGCCCUUGCUGAACAUUCCUUUGUAACGGAUUCCUCAGAUAUUGCCCAAACUAUGAGACCGGCUGCCUUCAAGCAGGCACAGUUUGCCUUCUGGUCGGCUGUUAGUCAAGCUCUUGAUUCAGCAGGAUCUCGUAUUACUUCGCCUGAAAACCUGGCUCGUAUUGCGAAUGGUCUUAUCACGGAGGGACAUGAGGCGGCAGUUCUCUCGUGGAUUUCUUGUCUCUUGAGAACAGAUAAGAUUGCCGCUCUCUGCUGUGGUGCCCUGGCAUCGAAAAACAAUAAAUUAGCGCCUGAGAAUGUCACGGUUCUUAUUGAUGUUGUACGAAAACUCUGGGGGCCUGGACGAAUUGACCUUCUUCUUUGUCAUUUGGUUGAGCUAAAAGCCAAUGAAUCAGUUGAACAAGUCGUUGGGAGCUUGACAACAGAACUCCGUGAUCGUCGUGUUCCGUUUAAGACGCUGUGCUCUCUUCUUAAGCUUAACACUUCCGGGGAAGCUGCUAGCAGCAAUGAGCAAUUCGUUAGCUUGGUGGAGGAACUAAAAGCUUAUCCGUCCCAAAGCUUGACUCUGUGCAUGAACGGGCCGCAUGUAUCUACCCUCUUUCAUUCUUGGCCUGAGCUCCGCAUUAAUGAUGCUUUGGACGUCAUCGGGAACACUCUGGAACGUUUCCAAUCCAUUCUACGACUUCAACUGGCCGCUUCUUUAGUUCAUCGUGGUCUCCUUGAUAAGGCGUCUCCCAUUAUUGAGAAAUCUGGUCCUCUUCCCUUCAACUACCUGGCAGGGAGUCUCAAUCAUCCUUUGAACAAAUCAAGUUAUCACAAUUCCUUCCAAUAUCUCAAAGCCACAGAUCCUGAACAUCUCGCAGCCUUUGUGGACGCUAGUCUUCGCAAUGCAGCAAUGUCUGCUCGCUCAAGUGCUUCUUCAGAAGUCGUCGUUGGACUCUUGAAAGCUGCAAUGGAAGAAUCUCCAACAGACUUGAAGAGCUUCUGCCAGCCCUCCACUUUACGCAUCUUGAAUGAGGCUACAAAGAACUGCGAAGAGAUUCAACAGGCUCUAUUUAAAAAGUCUGACCCGAAUGAUAAACAGAAGUAA